ACCUUAACAAUAAUCUUUUUAAUCCGAAAUUGAUCAAAAAUUUGCCAUUUAGAAAAGUUAUCACAUUAAGUAACACUAAUGGAAUUUUUUCCCUUGUUGCGUCAUAUGUCCAGCGCCUGGAUGAGGUGGCAUCUCUAAAUAAAUUGCUAUAACCGGUUUAUCGUACUAUGUGAUAUCCGAUUGUGAUACUUAGGAGUGUUACUUAACUUAAAGGAAUAAGUUCCUUUAAUGUAUUGUCCUUGUCCCACAGCAACUCGACUGAACGAGCUAGAUCCCUGCACUCUUUUAGACUUCGGGUUAGCAGGCUGUCCAUCUAUACUUAAGCGUGAGCGCACAUUGUGCUGCACGCACGAUGCAUACAUUUAAAUGUUUAUCCAAGGCUAUUGCUUACUGACACAUCGGCAUAUACCGCUACAGAAUAUUAAUAUUUUCGGAAACAGACGAAAUUGCUGUUAUUCCACCACUUAGUGGAGGUUAGAAUGGCUACUGCAAAAGAUAUUGUCAAAUUGCAACAAGAAAAGCUAAAUGUUGGACACAUAAUUAGUUUAGUAACAGCUCCUAAUUGUGGAGCUAUAUCAAAUUUUAUUGGUACUACUCGGGAUAAUUUUGAUAAUAAAAAAGUUUUAAAAUUGGAAUAUGAAGCAUAUGAACCAAUGGCAUUGAAAGAAAUGAAUAAUAUAUGUUCAAAAAUUCGUUCUCAAUGGAAAGUUCAUCAUAUUGCUAUAUAUCAUCGCUUAGGAGAGGUACCAAUAUCAGAAGCAAGUAUAGUAAUUGCUAUUUCCUCUCCUCAUAGAGAAGAAUCAUUAAAAGCUGUUGAAUAUGCUAUCAAUUCGUUGAAAGCAUCAGUUCCAAUUUGGAAGAAAGAAGUAUAUGAUACACAAGAAAGUCAGUGGAAGGAAAAUAAGGAGUGCGCCUGGUCAAACAAUAUAAUAGAUAUAGAAGAAUCAGAAAAUAUUGUAAAUGAAACAAUAACUGAUUAUGAUGAUGAAAAAACAGAAAAAGAAGAAGAGGAAUCUAAAGUAAUUGAUCCCAAUCUUGUUCAAAUUCGCGCUACAUCAGAUGAAUUGAAGCACAGAAUAUUAUCUUUCAUUGAAAGAAAACGUCAGCAAGUAAAUAUCGUUAAUGUACAAGAAUUUUGUAGUCACAGAGAUCAAAGUGAUGAGAAUGAAAAUUCAUGUGCAAGAGUAGAUGCUAUUCUUAUUAGGAGAAAAGAUUCUAAAAGUCAUGUUAAAGUGCAUAGAGUACUCAAUGCAUGGGGACCUCAAACAGUCGAUCAACGUACUUUAUAUAAAACUACGACGUCAGAAACAACCCAAACAAACAAUAAUUAUUCAUCUGUAUUAGAUGAAAGAAUAUCAACCACUGAAAAAAUUCUUGGAAUAAAUCGGCCCGUUCCCAAAGAUGUAUAUGAAAGACUUAAAAAUAUCGAAAAUCGAAUAUUGUAUUUAGAAGGCAUAUCUCCCGAAUACAAAGAAGUUUGGAAAACGGAAGAAAUGAACAGUCUUAAAGGAACAUUUAAACCAGUCAGAAAAAGGACAUAUUCCAUGAUAGAACUUGAUUCAAAAUUGCACGAAUUAGAAGACAAAUACGCUAAAAGAAUGAAAUGAUUUCUCGUAAAAUAUUGUAAAAGACUGACCACAUUGACGUACAAUUAAAUUUUCUAAAAUAAAUAAUGUACUUGUUACGUAUAUAAAAUUUGUAGUAAUUUUAUUUUCGUUGCUAUAAUAAAUGACUGGCAUUAAUUGAUA